UAUACGAAGCACAUGCAAGCUAGAAAUUCUUAACAUGACUCCCAACGUCGCAUCUAAAGUGCUCCCUUCCUACGCGCCAAAAUUAACUGUGGCCAUGAGAAAAGAAGCUAACGAAAUGAGAAAGACUUUGAAACCUUUGAUGGAAAAGAGAAGGCGUGCGCGCAUCAACGACAGCCUCGACCAUUUGAAGAGUCUUAUCCUCCCGUUGAUCGGAAAAGAUAAUUCCCGGUACUCGAAGCUGGAGAAGGCUGAUAUUCUUGAGAUGACCGUGAGAUUCCUUAGCGAUCUCCCGAAUUCUCCCGUUAAAAAUACAUCCGACAAUUUCAAAAAAGGGUAUAAAGCAUGUCUUCAGCGCGUCUCCACACUGCUCCCAAGAAACAGCCUCCUCGACAAAGACACUUGCCAGCGCGUAGACGAGUACAUCCAGAAGUCCAUGGCUGCAGUCGAAGCCCCUGCUUGUCAGAACUGCUGUGCCAAGAACUCCCGCGUCUUUCCUCAAGUGAACCACAGAGUUCGAAUCUUCAACUGUAGCGGGAACCCUAAAGCCGAGACCCACUCAAACAGCGCUCUUCCUCCGAACAGAGCCCCGCAGCCAGUGCCACCCGUUCUCAGUGGUAAUAUGUGGCGGCCGUGGUAGAUUCAAGGACAUUAAUGCCCGACUAAAUGACUGUUAAACUAAAUGAAUAUUAUAUAGUACAUAGUAUGUGCAAGUAAAUUUAAAUGAUGAUACCAUUAAAGGAGCAACGACAGGUGUAAAUACAACCAAAUGUUUGCCAUAGAGAUUAAUUGCAAUGCGCUUAUGAAAUGUAAUGACUACUAUUGUGCAGUCAUUGUUUGAUUUCAGUAUUAUAUACUAGAAUUUUGCAUUUUUUGACUGGUAUAAAUAUUUUGCCUAAUUCAUGCUCACUUUUUAAGCCAGUUGUGUUUUCACAAAGGUUUGAAGUUUGUUUUUGUAAAUUCUGUGAAGUUAUUAUAUUUAGUCCUCUCUGGGGGUUAAAUGCAUAUGGGUUGUAGCUAAAACCCCUGUAAAACCCAAAGGGUUAGUUUGUGUAUGUGAUUUGCACAACUGAUAUUAUCUGAAUCUGUGGGAAGAUGCAAUAUGUAGACACGUUGUGUUAUUGCCCUAAUGCUAAAAAAAGGCAAGUGUCUUUUCAUUAGAAUAUGUAUACAUCAUAAUCCCAAAGAUAAUUUAUUGUAAUAUAUAUUUCAAAAAAUAAAAAAUGUUGAUUUGUGAAGUGUCUCUUUAUAUUUAAUUUAUUCCAUUUAAGCGUUUUUUUUAGCCUUGUAUUUGUGAUGGCUGGUAGAUGUAGGCCAACAUGUAGUGCAAACAUAGUCUAACACUAGCCUGCUAUACUGUAUUGGUUUCUGAGGCCCAAAGGACACACUCAAGCAUACAAGCAUAGACUAGGCCCACAUAGCAUA